AUGCCGCCCAAUAAUAGGAAAAAAAAGAAAGCUGUGUCUAAUCCGGCUCGAGGUUUCGCAACGGUCUCAGUACCCUCUAAGCCCAAAUCUACAGAACCUUCACUACCGCCCUCCACUGUGGAAUCCAAGUCCGUAUCGGAAAGUGACCGUCCUACUCCCGCCGAAGACCAGCAAGCGACCACAAACAGCGACAAGGACAAGGCACCUUCGCUCCAGGACUAUACCCCCGAAGAACUUGAGAAGCACUUGGAGGAAGCUGAGCUGCAGCUCCUCGUGGAAAAAUACGCAUCGAAAUGCAGGAAUGACGCAGCCAGACAGGUUACUAAGCUAGACACCGAGCGGAGGGUACUUCGGCAACAAGCCGCCUCGAUCAAUCUCAUGGAAUGGCUGCCCUCGGACGUUUUGAAUACCAUAUUGAGCCUGGUCGAGACCGAGGAGCGCGAGCUCAACCCCGUUUCAAGCCGGGAUUCCAGCUCGAAGAAGCCCAUCCCGGAAGAAGAGUUGUAUAUGAGACUGUGGACACUCAAGGAGACCCUUGACAAACUCGGCUUUUCAGAAGAGAAAGUUGAUGAGGCCUUAAAGCAUCUACUGCUGUAUUUCCCCGGUAAUUUCACAUCCACAAACAAAGAGGUGGUCUGCAACCUGGACGAGGCUCUAGAUUGGCUGGCCUUGCACUGCGACCCCAAAGAACUACCUUCUUACACCCAGACUAAUACCCAACAACAAAACGAGCUCGAUAAGAAAGUCUCUUGGAUCACUGGUAACCUUAGACGCUUGGUAUCGCAUCGUGAGCCAUCACAAGGUUCUAACCCAGCACAGACUCAAAAUGAUAGCAGAGCGCAGAAGCCUAAGAGCGUUGUAAAAGGAUCAAGUCCCCCGCAGUCGUAUGCCUAUGAUUCGGACAGCUCCCUCGAUCCUGAUACUUUGACCCCCAAGUACCUGGAGCUGCAAACCCGGCUUUACGAGCUGCGGCCAGAACUUUUCGACCAGCCCAAGAAAGGCAAAAAGGGAAGCCGUAAACCUACUGCAACUGAUAGUCAGGACCCGCAGGCAGCGAAAGUGCAACGCAAAAUUGCCAGUAUUGAAAAUGAUGUACUCUUUGACCGGCAUGAGGCCGAGUACAGGUGGAGGGAAAAGCUUGACGACUUGCGAAAGGAAGCAGCUUUUGCUUGCCGAACCGAGCCUGAAGAGAAGGCUCCGGCCGAAGAGGUCACCGAAAAAGAGCAAUCGGAGGAAAAGAAGGCAGAGCUAGAUGGCGAUGCAGCACCGCUGGACAGUAUCGGAGAAGACGCAGAUUUACUAGGCGACAUGUUUGGAUCUGAAGAACCCACUCUGGAAUUGGGUGUGAUUACGGAAGAGCUGAACAAGGCUGCGAUCGAAAUUCGCGACUUUGGAAAAUGGUCGGGACUCAGCCCUCGACGAGUCCUGGAGGAGACCUGCAAGGCAAGAGACACCGGAUGCAAAGUAACGUACAAAGACUGCUCAUCAUCAUCACAUAUGAAUCGACACGCGGUUGAAGUGCGGUGGUCUAAACCCCAAGAGAUCCCCUUCCCAUUUCAAUGGGAAAGUACUACACACAACUCGAACUCAUAUGCCACGUUCGUCUCAAUGGAUAAAGUGGCAACCCCCACAUCGCAGCAAGCUGAAGCAUUUGUCUCAACCCUGGCUCUUUUCAUUCUGUUUCCUCAGACCUCCAAAGAGGGCAAAGCUUAUCUGCGUCUUCCUGCCGUAUGGCGAGAUCUUUAUACAGAAUUCGCCAACGCAAAGAAGUUGCAAGAAGAUGAAGCCGAUAAGAAAACCGUGAAGAGUUUGAAAAAGCUACUUCAGGAAAAUCAUGGCACAUUUGAAGAUGACGUUGUCCUGUCAGAUAAUUUCCGGCGCAGGAACGGACCUUCCAGCAAGCCAGAGUCUCCCAUCCGUGGAGCCGGCGCCAGGGAUGGCUCAGAGCCUGAUGUGGGACUGAUGAGGAUCUGGACUGAGAAGUCCUCUACCGCCUCAUUCCAGUACAUGGUUCAGGGCAGGAUGAAGCUGCCCAUCUGGAAUUUCCGGGACGAGAUUUUGAACACUCUAGAUACACACCGCGCGCUUAUCAUUUGCAGCGAGACAGGAAGUGGUAAAAGUACUCAGAUCCCGUCAUUCAUAUUGGAACAUGAGAUGCAGCAAGGCCGCCCUUGCAAAAUUUACGUCACAGAACCGCGCAGAAUCUCCGCUAUAUCAUUGGCUCGACGAGUUAGUGAGGAACUUGGGGAAAAUAAGAACGACGUUGGGACAGCUCGCUCUCUUAUUGGAUUCGCUGUCAGGCUGGAAAGCAAAGUCAGUCAGGCCACGAGGCUUGUGUUUGCAACCACGGGAGUCGUGGUGCGUAUGCUGGAGCGUCCGGACGAUUUCCGAGACAUCACACAUGUCGUUCUUGAUGAGGUCCAUGAGCGUUCUAUUGACAGUGACUUCCUUCUCAUCGUUCUCCGCCGACUGAUGGUGAGAAGACCUGACCUGAAGUUGAUACUGAUGUCGGCUACACUUGAAGCACAACGCUUCUCGAAAUACCUGGGCGGAGUCCCUGUGCUGAAUAUACCUGGGCGGACUUUCCCUGUAGAGAUGAAAUUCUUGGAAGACGCUGUUGAGAUGACUAACUAUCGACUGCUUGAGACUGAGUCGAAUGGUGUCUUGGACGAAGACUCAGAUGAGUUGGCGUCUGAGAUGGCUCAAGGUGAGGCAGCGGGUGGCGGUCUUUUGUCAACGCUUGAUGGGUACUCGAAGCAGACCCGUGAAACCAUCCUGAAUUUCGACGAGUAUCGCCUCGAUUAUCAACUUAUUAAGCGCCUUGUCGCCAAAAUCGCCACAUCGCCUGACAUGACUCAUUACAGCAAAGCUAUUCUCAUCUUUAUGCCCGGUAUGGCUGAAAUCCGCCGACUGAACGACGAGAUCCUCUCCGAUCCCACUUUCCAGCAAGGCUGGAUUGUGCAUGCCCUGCACUCUUCCAUUGCCAGCGAAGACCAGGAGAAGGCUUUUGUCGUGCCUCCAGAGGGCAUGAGAAAGAUUGUGAUUGCCACCAACAUAGCUGAAACAGGGCCAGGUAUUACGAUUCCGGAUAUCACUGCUGUGAUCGAUGCAGGCAAGGAGAAGACCAUGCGGUUUGACGAGCGACGUCAACUUUCACGACUUGUGGAAGCAUUUAUCUCACGCGCUAAUGCGAAACAACGUCGAGGACGAGCUGGACGAGUACAGAACGGAAUCUGCUUCCACAUGUUCACCAAAUAUCGGCAUGACAACGUACUUGCGGAACAACAAACACCAGAGAUGUUGAGGUUGUCUCUUCAAGACUUGGUACUGCGAGUCAAAAUAUGCAAGCUGGGCGAGGUGGAACCUACCCUACUAGAAGCGCUCGAUCCACCAUCAUCCAAGAACAUUCGCCGUGCGAUCGACUCAUUAAAGGAAGUCAAGGCUCUGACGAAUGCAGAGAAUUUGACUCCUCUCGGAGUGCAGCUGGCCAAAUUACCAUUGGAUGUGUUCCUUGGGAAGUUGAUCAUUCACGGCGCCUUCUUCCGGUGCUUAGAUGCUACCGUCAGCAUUGCAGCCAUUCUUUCGUCCAAGUCACCUUUCGUUAACACGAUGGGAUCGAAUACGCAGAAAGAUAUAGCUAGACUUUCAUUCCGCAAAGGUGACUCGGACCUCCUGACAGUAUACAAUGCAUACUGCUCUUGGAAACGCACAAGGAACACACCUGGUGCAAACGAGUACGCGUUCUGCCGGAAGAACUUCCUCAGCUCACAAACAUUGCUCAAUAUCGAAGACAUCAAAAUGCAAUUGGUAGUGUCAAUUGCUGACGCCGGUCUCUUGACCCUCGACCCGAUACAGAAGGCUGCUUUGAAUAGAUCGCGCUACGGCGGCCGCAAUCGACAAUUUUUCGUCAUUCCUGAAGAAUACGACACCAACAGCAUCAACGACACGGUCGUCAACUCGGUCAUAUCUUGGAGUUUCUAUCCAAAGCUGCUCACCCGUGAAGGCAAAGGCUGGCGCAACGUCGCCAACAAUCAAUCCGUUACCCUUCAUCCUACUUCUGUCAACCGCAACCCGGACCCAUCUUCCCCCCCCCUCAAAUGGCUUUCUUAUUACAACAUCAUGCAGGGCCGUAACCGAAAUUACAAUGCUUUUGAAACAAGCGUUGUCGAUGACUUUGCCAUUGCCAUACUUUGCGGAGAACCUGAAUUCAAGAUGUACUCCGGCGUCAUCUCCAUCGACGCUAACCGCAUCCGCUUCUCCAUCCGCGACUGGAAAGCCAUGCUGGCGCUGAAGCUCCUCAGCGCCCGUCUGCGCGAGAUCCUGCAGGCGACCUUCCGCGAGCCCCAAAAACUCACCUAUCCGUCCUACAAGCAGCAACAGUGGAUUGCGAUCUGGCAACGGAUCUUUGAGCAGGCGCAUGCUGCCAAACGAAUCCCUUAA